GUAUCUCACCUGAAGCGUACAGGUGCACGUAGUCAUGGCGGAGGCCGUACUCAGCCAGAUUUCCGGCGACUUUCUGGAGUGUACGAUCUGCCUGGAGCCCUACAAGGACCCCAAGAUCCUGUCGUGUCUUCACACCUUCUGUAAGGACUGUCUGAAGAAGUUUGUAGCGAAACAAGGCCGUGAGGCGAAGGACAGGUUUCCGUGUCCAACAUGUCGGAUCGAAACUGUACUUCCGGAGGGCGGUGUCGCCGGGCUCAAAAACAACUUCUUUGUCCUGAGCUUGAGGGACACCGUUGACGCUCACAAGAGUGUAGCUAGUGUGGAAGAUGACAAAGUGUCUUGUGAUGUCUGUGAAGAAGAGGUGGCUACUUGUGGCUGUGCUGUGUGUGAAGAGUUCUUUUGUGACGAAUGUACUCGUGCCCACAGUCGAUUCAAACGAAACCGUGAUCAUGAAAUCAUCGGCGUGGCAGAGUUAAAAGAGCAGAAGAUCACCAAGAUGUCUUCAGUCAAGUCUAAAUCACUGCCGAUGUGUCCAAAACAUGAAGACGAGAAGCUGAAGUUCUACUGUGAGACGUGCCAGAGUCCCAUCUGCCGGGACUGCACGGUACUGCAGCACAAAGACCACAAGUACGGCUACCUGACAGACGUUGUGAGUGACGUCAGAGCAAAGAUAAAAGGCAAACUGGAAGCUGCCAGGCCGAAAAUUGAGGAAUACCGAGACGCUGCAGGGCUUGUAGCUGAGAAGCAAGCAGAACUGGACACCAGGAGUAAGAAAGCUGCAGACGACAUCGAUGCAGCUGCGGAGGAAGAGAUCAAGUACUACACUGGCCUUGUCAGACGCAAACAGACUGAACUGAAAGAAAAGUUAGAGGCCGUCACAGCAGCCCGUUCCAAGCAGCUCUCUGCUACAGCAGACAGUGUUGAGAGCACCUUAGGCUGUCUGUCCAGCACAGUGGACUUCUCACAGAAAGUCGUGGAGCAUGGCAGUGACUUUGACGUCAUGAACGUGUACUGUGACGUCACGGCCCGGCUGGAGUCUCUGCUGAAAGGUCCAACCCCGGACAUUCCUGACGACAUCAGUUACGUCAGGUUUGAGUCUAGGGCGAAAAGGAAAGAAAAGGAAAUCUUCCUUGGUGACAUUGUCGAUUCCUCCUGUACGUUUGGACCUGCCAAGUUGACCACCCUGGGCGCCAGCGGCCGUCUGGGCCCCACUACCCUGGGUACCCACUACAGGGGACAGGACCAUGAACACCUGGUGACGCUACAUGACGGGAUACAACACUUCACUGUACCGCGGACGGGAACGUACAGCAUAGAGGCAGCGGGUGCUGCUGCAGGGUGGGGUCCGCAAAACCCGAAGUCCGCCCGAGGACGGGGUGCCGUACUGAGGGGAGCAUUCAACCUCAAAAAAGGUGAAACUCUGAAGAUCCUGGUGGGACAAGAAGGUGUUGAGAACAAGAUGCACUGGAGUGUAGGAGGAGGGGGUGGUACAUUUGUCACCAGGGGAGACAACACGCCACUCAUUAUCGCCGGGGGUGGGGGAGGAACAGGGUAUAAACUACAGACUCAUAACCCCCUGUGUGACGGGACUGUGUCCACUACUGGUAACAAGAGUUAUGGAGGAAUGUUGUAUGAAGGAGGCUGUAGUGGAGGAUCUAACGGACAGGGGGCGACAGAUUGGAAGGGUGACUGGAUGGGUGGGGGAGGGGGAGGGCUGCUGACGGAUGGAGGGAGUUCUAAACGGUUUGGAGGCGACAGUUGUGAGAAUGGUGGGGAAGGUGGGAAGGCGUUUGUGAAUGGCGGGGUUGGAGGGCAUGGAGUACAUAAUAAUGCUGAUGGUGGGUUUGGUGGAGGGGGAGGGAGUCAUGGGGCCAGUGGUGCAGGAGGAGGGGGAGGGGGGUACUCAGGGGGAGGCAGGGGAGAGCGUUGUGACCCAAAUGGCGGAGGAGGAGGCAGUUCGUUUAACUCCGGUACUGACACGAGCGGUCAGGAUGGGGCAAACGACGGACCCGGGUAUGUGGUCAUCACCAGACAGUUGCAGCCAUUGUAAGAUACUUGUUGUAGAAUAUGUCAAAGGUAUUCUCUACUUAAGUAGUGCAAAAAUAUUACGAGUGUAUUAAUAAAUAACCCA